AUGCCAUUUAAGCCAAUCGAGCAUCCAAAAUGUCCAAAAUGUGGAAAAUCUGUAUAUGCCGCAGAAGAAAUGUCGGCUGGUGGCUACAAAUGGCAUAAAUUUUGCUUCAAAUGUGCGAUGUGUAAUAAAUUAUUGGAUUCUAUGACAUGCUGUGAACAUCAGGCUGAAUUAUAUUGUAAGCAAUGUCAUGGAAGAAAAUACGGACCAAAAGGUAUUGGUUUCGGUAUUGGUGCUGGUGCUUUGACCAUGGAUACCGGAGAACAAUUCGGAAAUAAAGAAGUUGAAAUGACGUCUCGUAUUCAGCUUUUGCCCCUGUGGGAAUGCGGUACUCCUGUUCUUUGGCAGAUGUCCUAUAAUCGAAUUAAUAUUUCAUUAGUGGCGAUUGGCCUUUGCAAUAAGCUUCUCGAUUCAUGUACAGUAGCUGAGCAUGGUGCGGAACUUUUUUGCAAACAGUGCCAUGGUAGAAAAUUUGGUCCGAAAGGCGUUGGUUUCGGUUUAGGUGCUGGUGCAUUAACCAUGGACGACGGUUCAAAAUUCGGCAAUACAACAACUGAAAUGGGGUGCACUAUUUAUUAUAACGUACUAAAAAUGAGAAUUACUCAAGGAAUUCAUUUUUUGUUUUAUCUUCACUUUAUUUUUAAUUGUAUACGACCACCUUUAAGACGAUUAACAAACAGCUUUUCUCUUUGUGAAUAA